AUGCCCAACCCUGUGAACCUGAGCAUGGGUGGCAUUGAUAUGCUGGACGGACAUGUUGAUUCCUCAGUAGAGCUGUGUAAGCACAGAUUGCUCAGCACAGAGUGGGUUCUGUCUCCCGUUGUAAUGUCUCUGCUCAUUUCAAAUAUGGUCUCAGUAGAUGAGAGGCUCAUAUACAAGCCGCACCCCCAGGACCCAGAGAAAACUGUCCUGACACAGGAAACCAUCGUCACCGUGAAAGGGACCAGCUUCAGUAGCUCCCUUGAAGGACUGUUGUUGGUGAGCACAGUGUCUUCCAAGGCUAACAAGUGCCUAGUAACAGUGGACUGGGUGAUGCAUACACUGAAUGUUGAGACUGGAGAAUUGAGAGCAUCAGCCAGAGGAAGCUAA